AUGACUUCUUUCGUGAUCAAGAUUCCUUGCUCCUCUGCCAACAUUGGCCCUGGCUUCGAUGUCAUCGGCCUGGCAUUGUCCCUCUACCUGGAUCUCCACGUCACCGUUGAGGCCAAACCCUCAUCCCAGCUCCCCUUCAACUGCGCCAUCACGUAUGAGGAUCAGAGCAAGAGUGUUGAGCAGAUCAGUCUCGACCCAGAAGUCAAUCUGAUCACCCGUGUAGCCCUGUAUGUCCUCAGAUGUCAUGACCAGCGGGCCUUCCCCGUCGAGACCAAGGUGCAUAUCGUCAAUCCCAUCCCAUUAGGCCGGGGUCUGGGCUCUUCUGGUACCGCUGUUGUUGCUGGUGUCAUGCUAGGCAAUGAGGUGGAGCGGCACCCGGAUAAUGUGGCUGCUUCCCUCUUUGGUGGGUUCGUGGGUACCUAUCUGAAUGAGCUUAAGCCUGAGGACGUGGCACGCAAAGAGAUCCCUCUCAGUGAGACCCCCGAGCCACCAAUGGCCAUUGGUCAUUACAGAAAGUUCAAUUGGGCCCCGGAGAUCAAGGCCAUUGCCAUUAUUCCUAACUUUGUCGUGCCGACUGCCAACGCCCGUAAUGUACUCCCCGAGACAUACUCGAGAGCGGAUGUGGUCUUCAAUCUCCAGCGCGCGGCACUCCUCCCAGCAGCCUUGGGAAGCUCCCCACCAGAUCCUGAUAUGAUCUUCCUUGCUAUGCAGGAUAAGGUGCACCAGCCGUAUCGCAAGACGCUGAUUCCAGGCUUGACUGAGAUUCUCCAAUUCAUGACCCCUGCCACUCAACCUGGUCUACUAGGAAUCUGUCUCUCCGGUGCAGGACCUACCAUCCUGGCACUGGCCACGGAUCGCUUCACCGAGAUUGCUGACCGCAUUAUCGCACAGUUCGCUUCCAAUGAUAUCUCGUGCCAAUGGAAGCUGCUAGAGCCCGCUCAGGAUGGCGCAACUGUUACUUAUAACUAA